GGUAUGGUCUUCGUUGCCACCGAGCUAUUAUCACCAUCUGCAAACUAAUUGGAAUUAAAGAUAUGUAUGCCAAGGUUUCUGGAUCCAAAAACUUGAUUAACAUUACCAGAGCUCUCUUUAAAGGCUUGACAGAACAGGAGACUCACCAACAGUUGGCGAACCAGAAGAGUCUUUACGUAGUGGAGUUCCGGGAGGAGCAGGGCCCUCUGCCUAUCGUCGUGGCACUGCCUGAGGGGGAUGUCCGUGAGGAUCCUGAGCCUGAAGAUGAGGUUCCAGACACAAAGUUGGAGUGGAGUGAAGUGAAAGAAGCUCAGGGAAUGAAGAAAUCUCCCUGGGUGAAUGUCAGAAAGAUAGCAUGGUAA